CGCAGACGCACGCAUCACGUCACGACACAGAACAGAAACGAGAGAAAGAAGCGGACAGCGCAGAAAACAGGACGGACAUCAGUACCAAAAGACACAGACGAGAAAUACGCGACAGGCAGAUAAGCGCCGAGUGUCUGGAGAGCGAUGAGGGCGGCGGUGUUUUGCGGGGCUGUGUUGAUGCUCGCACUGUCCUCGGUAAAAGAGGCUGAGGGCGAAAACGGAAUUUCCUUUGAGUACCACCGCUAUGAGGAAAUGAGAAAAUCGUUAGUAUCUGUGUGGCUGCAGUGUCCAUCCAUCACCCGCAUCUACACUGUAGGAGAGAGCUUUGAGGGUCGCGAGCUGCUCGUGCUGGAGAUGAGCGACAAUCCCGGGAUACACGAGCCUGGUGAGCCGGAGUUUAAGUACAUUGGAAACAUGCACGGGAAUGAGGCAGUGGGCAGAGAACUGCUCAUCUAUCUGGCUCAGUAUCUCUGUAAUGAAUAUCAGGAGGGCAACGACACCAUCAUUGACCUCAUCCACUCCACACGCAUACACAUCAUGCCCUCUAUGAACCCCGAUGGCUUUGAGAAGGCAGCUUCACAGCCUGGUGAGAUGAAGGACUGGUUUGUGGGCCGCAGCAACGCUCAGGGGAUUGACCUGAACCGCAACUUUCCAGACCUCGACCGCAUUGUCUACAUGAACGAAAGAGAAGGAGGAGCAAACAACCACCUCCUGAAGAACAUGAAGAAAGCUGUGGAUGAAAACACCAAGCUGGCUCCAGAAACUAAAGCUGUUAUUCACUGGAUUAUGGACAUUCCUUUUGUCCUGUCAGCCAAUCUGCAUGGUGGAGACGUGGUGGCAAACUACCCAUAUGAUGAGACACGCAGUGGCUCUACUCAUGAAUACAGCGCUAGUCCAGAUGAUCUGGUCUUCAAGUCUUUGGCUAAGGCUUACUCCAUCUAUAACCCAGUGAUGUCUGACACAAACCGGCCACCUUGCCGCAAGAAUGAUGAUGACUCCAGCUUCAAAGAGGGCAUCACUAAUGGAGGAGCCUGGUACAGUGUGCCUGGAGGUAUGCAGGACUUCAACUAUCUGAGCAGUAAUUGUUUUGAGAUCACUCUGGAGCUCAGCUGUGACAAGUUUCCACCCGAGGACUCACUUAAACAGUACUGGGACCAGAACCGCAACUCACUGGUCAACUACAUAGAGCAGGUUCACAGAGGAGUGUCAGGAUUCGUUCGUGAUCUGCAGGGAAACCCCAUCUCAAACGCCUCUGUUUCUGUUGAGGGAAUCGACCACGACAUCACCACAGCUAAAGACGGUGAUUACUGGCGCUUGUUGGCUCCUGGAAACUACAAAGUGUCUGCAUCUGCUCCAGGAUACCUGACUGUGGUCAAGAAAGUGGCCGUUCCCCACAGCCCCUCCACACGGCUGGACUUUGAGCUGGAGUCUCUGGAGGAGAGGAAGGAGGAGGAGAAGGAGGAGCUCAUGGACUGGUGGAAGAUGAUGUCAGAGACGCUCAACUUCUAACUCAAAUACAUCACAACAGUUUAUGGGUGUAAAAUAUUUAUUGUUGUCGUGUGUGUGUGCUCAUCAACUUAAACAGCAUAAAGUUUUUUUAGGGAUCGUUUUACGCUAGAGGCACUGCGUCCAGACUUAUUAACAUUAGACAUUUGCACAUUCAAGUGGUCCUUGAUUAUGAUUUCAUUUUUUAAUCUAAAACUGGGGUGUAUUAGGGUGACACGGUGGCUCAGUGGUUAGCACUGGCGCCUCAGAGCAAGAAGAUCACUGGUUUGCGUCCCGGCUGGAUCAGUUGGCAUUUCUAUGUGGAGUUUGCAUGUUCUCCCUGUGUUGGCGUGGGUUUCCUCCGGGUGCUCCGGUUUCUUCCACAGUCCAAACACAUGCGCUAUAGGUGAGUUGAAUCAACUAAAUUGUCCGUAGUGUAUGUGUGUUAAUGAGUGUUUAUGGAUGUUUCCCAGUACUGGGUUGCAGCUGGAAGGGCAUCUGCUGUGUAAAACAUAUGCUGGAUAAGUUGGUGGUUCAUUCCGCUGUGGUGACCCCUGAUGAAUAAGGUGACUAAGCCGAAGAAAAAUGAAUGAAUGGUGUGUUUUAUUGAAGCUUGAGCAUAAACAACAGACUGCUAUUAAUUUUAUGAUGCUCAAAGGGAGAUACACUAGAAAAAGUGAUUCAUUUUUUUAAAAGUAAGUAAACCCGCUGCCCUAAAAGUGAGUAAUCCCAUUGUACCUUGGAACUGUUAAGUUGACUUAACUUAAUUUUUAUAAUUAUGCAUGUUGUUUAUUUACUUAAUAAUUUUAAGCUGAUGAGUUUACUCAGUUUUUUAAAUAAAGUCAACUCAUCGCUUUAAAGCAGUCCCUGCAGGCACAGGACAUCAACAUGACAUCAUAUUGGCGUUGUACCCUAGUGUCGUGGGGAUAUUGGAUUUUGUUUGGAAAUGAAAAUCAGGUUGACGUCAGAACCCAGCGUCAGGUCGAUGUCAAUGUCUAACCUAAAAUCAACCAGAUAUUAAUGUCUAAUCAUGUUACACAUUGACGUUGUGUGGACGUUACCACUAUGACAUCUAUCAGACCUUUGAUUUUGGUCACUUUCCAACACAACCUAAAAUUAACCAAAUAUCAAUGUUAUUUGACGUCGUUAUUGGACGUCAAAAAAACGUUCUCAGAUGCUGCCUAGAUAUUGAAUUUUGAUCAACUGACGUCAUCACCUAAAUCUAACCUAAUAUUAACGUCUAAUGAUGUUGUGUGCCUGCUGGGGCGUGUUUACUUUCCUUCUAAGUGAUCUUUUUUAUGGUGUAUUUUCUUAUGCAGACUAUAGAAGAAAUGGCAGGUAGGGACAACGGCAAGAUUCUUCCUUUAUGUAAAUUUUAGAGUUAAUGAUGUCAUAAACCCAUUAUAACAUUACUAACCCUAAAAUUUACAUAAACCCUACCCCAGGUGUGGCAUUUUCUUCAAACGUCCACUUGAGCAGCUAGUGAAUCAGAACACACUAGGCCAGCUGAACAAUCAGAGCCCAUUGUGUUUUUGUGAGGGAGGGGCCUCAGAAAACUAGACAGUCAACAGACUUCCAGAAGAGAAUAGAUACGGUAAAAAAACGUAAAAUAUGUUAAAUAUAUUAACCAAAGGGCGUCACGGUGGCGCAGUGGGUAGCAUGAUCGCCUCACAGCAAGAAGGUCUCUAGUUCGAGCCCCAGCUGGGUCAGUUGGCAUGUUCUCCCCGUGUCCGUGUAAGUUUCCUCCAGGGUUUCCUUCAAAGACAUGCGCAAUAGGUGAAUCUGGGAAACUAAAUUCUCCGUAGUGUAUGUGUGUGAAUGUAUAUAGGUGUUUCCCAGUGUUGGGUUGCAGCUGGAAGGGCAUCCGCUGCAUAAAACAUAUGCUGGAUAAGUUGGAGGUUGAUUCCGCUGUGGCAACCCCUAUCCUUGUAAAUAUUUAUGUUUUACGCUAAAGAUAUGCAGGUCUGAUGAAGUGCUGCUAAUGUAAAGGUGGUCCUAUUGCAAGUUUUAUACACAUUGUGUAUCAUUACCACAUAUAAGAAAUGAAGAUAUCUUGGGGGAUGUUUAACCAAUCUGUUCUUCAUUGUGUUUAACAUUGAUAUUGUGAGGUUUGUUUUAUUUUUUUACUAUGGUUUAUUUGUAGCUAGGAUCACCAAUCUCACCAACCAAUCAGAGAGCACUGUGUCGUGAUGAAUGUACGUGUCAGCAGUUUAUUCUGAUUAUGAAAGCACUCAUUUACACCCAAUCACACGUCUCUUUCUGUUCAAACUCUGUGUGGGUUUCUGCUUGAUGUUUUGAACGGGAGUGCUUUUGAUAAACCCUUCAUUUGCUGAUUCUUUAACACUUACAGCUUUGAUUAUCGCAUCAGAUAAUGAAAAAAAUGGAAGAGGUUAUCAACUGAACUCCUACCUUGUGUUAUAAGAACUAUAUAGGAAAUUAAAUAAUUAUAAACAUAUGAUAGAUUAUAGCUAUAAAUCAGUAUUAUUUAUAUUUGUUGAGCAGAAAGUUUCAUUUCAGAUCAUAUAACAGCAGAUUUUAACAGCACAAACUAAACGAAUAGAGGUUAUUUAGAUCUGGUGGUUUUGUAAUCUAUACCAAAAUGCACAAUCUGUGAUGAAGUACUAUCUGCAGUCUUUAUUACACAUUCUGUAAUAUUUAUUGUAAUUUUUGUCUGUUUAAGUAUCUUUAUAAGUAGUGUUUUUGUUCUGUAUUAUGAAAUGGCACGCUAAUGCUACAUCAAUCAUCGUUACGAUCAAGUCUAUAGUCACAAUUUCUCAUUGUUUCAACAGUUAAUCCUCUGAUUUUUGGGAUGAUCAUGCUCAUUUUGAUUAAACUAGAGGCUUAAACCUUAACUAUUAUUAGCAUUUCAAGCCAGCUUAUAUAUUUCUCCUUUGAAACUUCAGUGGUAUGUCUUGUAUAUGAAUGUAUCGAAGGUUUAUUAAAUGGAAUGACGCAAUUCACAACCAAAAUAAACUUCCCUUUCUGUUGUCA